ACAACCAUGUACAAAUUUGACAGCGCCAAAACAUUCAAAAACUUUAUUGAAGACAUCGAACAACAUUUUUGGUGUAUAUAUUAUGUCAACACCAGUUUCCAAUGGCAACAGAAAUCCAUACGUGACAGGCACAAUUAGCAAAAGUCUACUGACACCAUGUCGUCGUAUCGGUUUAUCCAGAAUACGCAAAACACCAGCCAGCAUGACAACACCAUUCAACAGCCCUUUAAACACACCUCUGUCCACACCAAAUAACGUAUCUGACACUGGGACACCUUUAAAUCACAAAAAUGUGCCAAUUAAAGAUGAUAGUUUUAAAUUGGAUACUCCAGCCAAAACUGAGUCGGGAGGUAAAACCAUUAAAAGAACUAAAAAACCAAUUUCUAAAAGGUUAGAAAUGGACUUGGAAGAAUUAAAUAAAAAAACAAAAGUAGACAUUAGUUAUAAAACAACUGAAAAACCAGAGAUUGAGUCUGAUGAUGAACCUAUUGCAAAUAUCAAAAAUAAAGCUGUGAAAAAUGGAGAAAAACAAAAUAGAAAUGAAGAUUCAAGUAAGUCUAGAAAUAAAAGGAAAAACCCAGAUCACAGCUAUUCAGAAGAUGAGAGUGUUAGUAUUAAAAAAAGGUCAGAAAAGAAAGUAGAAAAUGAACCUGUAAUUGAACACAAAGAAAAUAAAUCAGAUAGUAAAUCAGUAAGUAAAAAGAAAAAAACUGAUAAAAAACAUAAAGAUAUUGACUCAGAUGAUGAACCCAUUAUGAAUAUUAAAAAGAAACAUAAGAAAAAUAUUAUAGAAGAUGACAAUGAUGAAGACUUCAAUCCAAAAGUGAAAAUUAAGGAAAAAACAAUAAUUAAAUAUACAACCAGUGAUGAUACUCCUCUUGUAACCAAAAAGAAUGAUAAAGUUAUACCUGCUGAUAGUAAUUUAAAAGUGGAGAAUAAAUCAACUAGAGAAUCAAGUUCUGAGCAAAAUACAUUAAAAUAUGAAUUAAAAAAUACUAAUAUGUCUGAAACUAAACAUAAAGUGAGUAAUACUCAUGAAAAGAGUGUAGAUAAAAGUAGUAAAAGUACAACUAAACAAAUUACAAAUAAUUCAAAUAGCAGUGAUGCCCCAAAAAUUGAUGAAAAUGUUACUAAGGUAAUCCCUACAAUUGAAAAACUAAUAAUUGGGAAAGAAAAUGACAGUUUUCAAGUUAAAAAAACAUCUGAAAAAGAGCCAAUCAGUGAAAUUAAAAAUAUUAGUAAAUCAAGUGAUCAACAAAUUAAUAGUGAUUUACAGAGCAGUUCUUCUAAGGUAAAGCCAAGUAAAAGAACUCUAACAUUAUCAACAAAUUCAAAGGACAAACAAAAAUCAAAAAAUUCUAUUAAAAAAUCAGACUCUGUUGAAAGUGACAUAAAAAAAUUAAAGGAGUUGGAAACCAUGUCCUGUACAGUUGAAAUUCAAAAAAUACAAGAAAGUGAUAUGAAAAAAUAUUUUAAGACAGAAAACGAAAAUUUUUUCACAUCCACUCAAAAAAUUACAAAUGAAAGUGCUGGAGAAAAACGCAGAAAAUUCGAAACUGAUUUACAAAAACACUUAUAUCCUACAACAAAGGAACACAAACCCCUAAUAAUUAUCCAACAAAAUUAUUUGGAAGAUGAUGAUUUCACCAGCAGCCCAACUGAUGAUAAAUUCAAUAGGAAGAAAAUUAUAGCAGACAUCAAGAAACUAGAAACUGAUAUUAAGAAGAAAAAGGAAAUUGUAACUAAUCUGAAACAAGCUGAAAUCUACAAGAACAAACACAAAAUUGAGGACUUAAAUAAAUUAACAGAUGUGUGGAAGAAUGGUUGCAGAUUAGCCCUGUUUGAUCUGCUGAAGCAGCUGCAAGCACAUGGGCCAAUUGAAAUGAGUAGUUUGUUAAAAAAAUUAAAAGUUCCAGAUACCAUGGUUAAGACAUUGAACAUUGUUGAAAGUUAAAAUUAAAUCAAUUUUUAUAUAAA